ACCAUGCAGACACCAGCAGACAUCUGUCAAAGUCCACUCACAAGCAUGAAGAAGAAGAAGCUGAUCUUUGAUUUGAACACUGGGGUGGCUGAUGCUCAGGCGCUCAUGGUGGCCCUCGCGGCCCCCUGUGUGGAGAUUUUGGGGAUCACCUGUUGCUUUGGCAACACACCCCUGGAGAGUGUCCUCAAAAACACACUGUGUGUCCUGAAAGUCUGCAAAAAGCUGGAGAUCCCAGUGUACCAAGGCUGCUCACAGCCUCUUCUGGCCAAAAAAUGCCAAGUUGAAGAUUGUCUUGGGAAGGAUGCAUUGGGUGAUUUUUCAGAUCCCGAAUCUCCAAGCUUGGAUCUGGUGCAGAAGGAAAAUGGUGUGACUGCUUUGAUUAAGAUGGUCAAUCAAAAUCCUGGCGAGGUAAGUCUGGUUGCCACUGCCCCUCUCACCAACCUGGCUGUCGCAGUGCAACUGGACCCUUCUCUCUCAAAGAAACUGAAGGCGCUCUACAUCGUGGGAGGAAACACUGACUCCAGUGGGAACAGCACAGUGUGCAGAGAGUUCAACUUUAUGGCUGACCCUGAGGCUGCCCGGAUUGUGUUGGAUUGCUACACCUGCCCCACCUACAUUGCACCCUGGGAGUUAAGCUGCUCCAACAGCCUGUCCUGGUCAUUCUGUGAACAGUUGCUCUCCCAAAAUACAGAGAAGGCUUCCUUUCUGAAAAAGAUCUCAAGCCUCUUGAUGAAGAAAGCUCAAUCACCUGAAUGCCAAAAGGAGCUCACAGCAGUGAAAAUGUUCAGUUCCUGUGACUCCUACGCUGUGGCUGCUGCCAUCGAGGACAUGUUCGUAACGGAGAGUGAGGAGGUUGCAGUGACGGUGGAGCUGGAGGGGACCUACACCCGAGGCAUGAUGGUUGUGGACUGCAUGGAGCUGCUAAAUAAGAAACAAAAGGCCAUCCUGAUUAAAAAGGUUGACUUGGAGAAGUUGAAGAACCUCUUCCUAAAUUCCCUUAAGUAG